CCGCCUUGGUAUGGAUCCUUCCAGCCCAGAAUCCGAUACCAAAGGCCUCCACUUCGACUCUGCCCGCCAAGAUUAUUUCUCCGCUGGGCAAGAGUUGGACUCACUCUACCAAGAAUUGGACCUGGACUCCCUUAAUGAAGAUCUCUUUUCCUGCUCCGUUCCAGAUACCAUGACAGAGGCCCCUGCGGGCACAUCUGAAUCACACAUGACUUCUAAACCAGAGGAUCUGACAGAGGCUCAGCAAAAGGAGCUCAACUUAGAGCUCACUGAAUUGGAAGCAGAGAUUGUAACCCUACGCCAUAUGCUCGCAGCCAAAGAGAGACACUGCAGAGAGCUCAAGAGGAAGCUGGGCCUCACAGCCUUGGUGGGGCUGAGGCAGAAUCUGUCCAAGAGCUGGCAUGAUGUCCAGGUCUCCAAUGCCUACCUGAAACAAAAGACGUCAGCUGCCCUGUCUACUGUGGGCUCUGCCAUCCGCAGGAAGCUUGGGCGCAUGAAGUCGGCCACAUUCAAAUCUUUUGAAGGUCUCAUGGGGACUAUCAAGUCGAGAGUCCCUGGCGGCAGGGAGCUUGGCAGCGACUGCCUUCUUUCUCCAGCGGGGAGUGGGGAUGAUCCGCACCCAAUUCCGGGAGGUGGGAAUGACCUGUUUCCGGAGCCGGAAUGAGCCCCUUGGUAACCUUACCUGGCCACCAAACCCGUGCAAAAAAUCUCCUUCCCUCAUCACAAUUGCAACUCCACCCGACAAAAUAAGCAACCAAACCACAGUGGUAAAAUUAAUCCAGGAAAUGGACAGACUCCAGUUUUGAGAAAAGUAAUGUACAUAGAUUUUUUCCUGCUGUUGAGUGAGAUAGAAAACGAUAGUUUUGUACGUGGCCGUUUUACACUGAAGUUCGUAGGUAAAAUGCAUCACUGUGCUAGCCUUCCUGGGGUUGUAUUUAAAUGGACAAGACAGUGACUCCAGAAGAGGUUUUAGGCCAAAGCCCAAACUCUCUUUUGGAAAACUGUUCCAUCAGAACGCCAAAGUAGACUUCUGUUCAGGACUGGGGAAAGGUAUGAAAUCAUCUGUACUUUUACCCCCUCCCCAUUUUCUUCCCUCCCUGUGUCCCAGAAGGAACAGUCGACUUGAAAACCUGGCUUACAAUUUUUAUUUUAAGAUGAUCAAGAAGGUGGUCCAUUUUCUCCAAGAUUCCCCAAAAGAGGAAAAAAUAUGUAUUAGUAGUGGACUAAUUGUUACACUGUUAUGUCUUUUAUA